UUAAAACUAAAAGCUGAAAAGCGAGUGUCCCCACAAACACAAAAACAGAUCUAAUAAACCAAAGGAAACUCAAAAAUCAAACAACCGCGCGCGCCUUGACGGAGAAAAAAAAGAUGAGAGCCACCGCACGCGGCCGUCCCACCGAGUCCUUCCAUCCUCCGGUAGCGCAACAGUCACGUGAUUCCGAUGCCAGUUUUGCCAGCAGUCGGCCCUCUUCCGUCGCUAUUGGCCGCGCCGUAUCCGCCGUUGAACCCUACGCCGAACGCGCUUUCCAAGUGGCGACCACCCGUUCUAUUAACGCUUUCUUCUCCACUCAUUCAAUUCCGCCUAUCUCCACCAAACCUUCUCAAGCACCGUCCGCUAAAGAGCUCUUGAAUAUCCUUACCUCCCUCCUUUCUCUUCUUGGUUUCCCUUGCUCCAAAGUCGAGGACGAACUAGGUUUUCUUUUGAAAUCUCUAAAUUGCCCUUUCAAGUUCAAUAAAUCUACGCUCCGUGCCCCUAAUACCCAUCACAAUUGGCCGAAUUGGCUUGGUAUCGUUCACUGGCUGGUUCAACUUGCGAUCUACAAUGAACAUUUAUGUCAGAACUCCAUAUCUUCUUUUGCUCAAAACAAUAGCAUGACUGAGUAUGCAUUGGAGUGUUACAAACGAUUUAUAUGUGGAGAGGAUGAUUUAGUUGAGGUUUUAGAUAAGGAGUUCGUGCAGAAGCUUGAGAAAGAGAGGGAAAAUGUGGUGGAGAAUUGCAGGGCUUUGGAGAAGAGUGUUGGAGAACUGGAGGCUAAAGUGGAAGGAUUAAAGACUGGGCCAACGGAGAAGGAAAUGUUGGAGAAGGAAAAGAAUGUGUUGGAAGAAGAUGUGAAGAAGUUUCAUGCAAUGAUCGCGGAGUUUACGGGAAGGGUUGCAGCGAUGGAGAAGGUGUUGGAGGAAAAACAGAAGGAAUUGAACGUUAAGGAAGAGGAGAGGAAUCGAAUUUGUGAGGAGAAUGAGGAGCUUAAGAAGAGAGUGGAGUUGCAAACCUUUAAUGCUAGAGAUGUGGAGAGGAUGAGAAGGGAGAUGCAAGCUGUGGAGAAGGACAUUGUGGAGGCAGAAAUGGCAAGAAAUUCAUGGGAGGAUAAGUCUUGGGAUCUUGAUUCUGCUAUAGGGCAGAAGUUUAAGGAGCUUACCGCGCUUGCAAUGCAGUGCAACCAGGCAAUUAGGAGGUUAAAGCUUGGUAAUGAUUUCCAGUACGAGCUUAAUGCUAAAGGUUCAACACCUGCUGAGGUGAUGGGGAUUGACUACAAAGCAACACUUAAGCCUGAGCUCGAAAGCUAUGCUGACAAAAUAAGGGAGAGUUCUAAGAAAAAGUUUGAAGACAUGAUUGUCCUUCAGCAACAAUCAAAAGAAAUGGCUUCUAAGAUUGAAGACAAGAAAAAUUGUAUUGCUGAACUUCAAUCCCGUAUUGAUGAGGUUGAAGCCCAAAUAAAUUUGUUCAAGAAGGAAAUACAGGAAUGUGAUCAUAGAUCUACUGCAGAAGCCAAGAAAAUGGUUGAGGACGUCCAGUUCGAGACGCAUAAGUUAGAUAUCACGGAAAGAGAAGCAGCAGAGAUUCUAAAGGCUUCGCAACUGAGGUUGCAAGAAGCAAUCCAACAAAGCGAAGAGGAAAUUCAGAUACACGCACGUCAACUCUUUAUGGUCGUUGAUUCGGUGUCAAAAUAUAAAGAACACGUUGAAUCCAAAAUUUCAGAGAUGAGGGUUAGUCUCUCGGAAACCGCUGCCGCCAUAUCAGAUGCUUACAAGGGUUCAUUGCCAGCACAGUUCCCUGGUAGUGCCAAUGCAAAUUAGCAGCAAUAUUAAGAUGAAAAUAUGUGAAUCUAUUAUUAAGGUUAGUCUUUUAUUUUCUUUGCUCAAACACUUUGUUUACUUAAAUUGCCAUGCCAUCUUCAUCCUUUUAUGUAAAUGUUUGUUUUGAUUCAAAUGUUUGGUUUUUGUCUAGUACUUUAUCUGUAAUCCUUUGUUCAUAUGGUGUCAGAUUUGAUUUGAUUCAA